ACACGUUGUGUACGACUGUUAUUGUUGGAGAGCAAUGGCGGCGCACCGGGGAUCAUCAAGCAAAUGGUUUUUCUCCCGGGAGCAGCUGGAGACGACGCCGUCUCGCCGGUGCGGAGUAGAGCCCGACAGAGAGCUCUCUUACCGGCAACAAGCUGCAAAUCUCAUCCAGGAUAUGGGACAGAGGCUCAAUGUCUCGCAACUAACCAUAAAUACUGCAAUUGUUUACAUGCACAGGUUUUAUAUGUACCACUCGUUCACCAAGUUCCACAGAAAUAUCAUCUCUCCGACUACGUUAUUCUUGGCGGCAAAAGUCGAGGAGCAACCCCGGAAACUUGAACACGUCAUUAAAGUGGCACACGCCUGUUUAAACCCUCAAGAGGCUCCUUUAGACACAAAGAGUAAUGCGUACCUCCAGCAAGCUCAAGAGCUGGUGAUACUUGAAACCAUAGUGCUGCAGACUUUAGGGUUUGAAAUAACUAUUGAGCAUCCUCAUACUGAUGUUGUGAAAUGUUCCCAACUAGUUCGAGCAAGCAAGGAUCUGGCACAGACUUCCUAUUUCAUGGCUACCAACAGCCUCCACCUCACCACGUUCUGCCUGCAGUACAGGCCCACAGUCAUUGCUUGUGUGUGCAUUCACUUAGCCUGCAAGUGGUCUAACUGGGAGAUCCCUGUCUCUACUGACGGCAAACACUGGUGGGAGUAUGUGGACGGUUCAGUCACACUUGAGCUCCUAGAUGAACUGACACACGAGUUCCUUCAGAUUUUGGAGAAGACUCCCAGUAAGUUAAAGAGGAUUCGAAACUGGAGGGCAACACAAGCUGCCAAGAAACCCAAAACAGACGGGCCAUCGUCAGAGAGCAGCUCUUUUCCCGGCCCCUCGCUAGCCCCUGACCACUUGAUGGUAGACGCCAUUUCUGGAGUUACGGCAAACGCGACCUUUUCUAAAGCUUCUACAUCACUUCCUAUUUCCCUCCAAUGCAGUGGGCUUCCUUUGGACCAUAUAGCUAGCACUGUGCAAGGCACUUCGUACACUUUCACAGCCCCUAGUGACUGGCCUCAAGACCAAGCACGCUCAGACUCGUACCUUCUCAAACAGCUUCCUCUGCACCCGCACCGGCCUGACAAAAGCGCAGAGUUUACCGGGGUCAAACAUGAACACAAGGCCAACAAACACCAAUCUUCCCUGUUCCCGGCUCCACCUACAUCCCAGCCGCAGAAAAUGUCCUUGGAAAAAUACAAGGAGAAGCGCACGGCCGAUCUAGCGGCACAGAAACGCAGGCAAGAGCAACCGAGCACGGAAUCCGAGGCCAGAGAUUCGUACGGGAGUUCCAGCCAGGGCGAGCCCCGAAAGCCACAACAGCCUUAUGCUCACGAGCAGCAGGGCAUGAGCAGCAGCAGCAGCGCCUUUACCAGCUCGCCAAUAAAGAUGAAACUUCCCGUAACAGGUCAAGACAAAGUCCAAGGGGACAAACGGGAGAAAGGGAGCUCGCUAAAGCUCCGUCUUCCAGUCCAGGCUGAGAAAAGUGGAGCAAGUAAGGAGGAGCUGAAGAUGAAGAUCAAGGUUUCCUCAGAGCGCCACAGCUCGUCAGAUGAAGGAGCAAGCAAAAGCAAGCAUUCCAGUCCACUAGUGAGCAAGGAGAAGCAUCGGCACCACCAAAAACAUGGUCACUCAAAUCCACACUCGCACAGCGGCUCCGCCCUCAGGAGCCCUGUGACCCUCGGUGGUGAGGGGGCCAGCGCAGGCCAGGGCUCAAGCUCUUCGCAUAAGAGGACACACACCGAUGGCAGCCAUAAUCACCGCUCAAAAAAGAGCAAAAGCUCCAAGCCAGCUACAGGUAGUUCCUCACCUCUUUCUUCUGCACAGCAGUGCAUCUCAUCUCUCAGCUGUGUUCUUAACCUCCUCCCUUUUCUUCUCUAUGUCGCACAGCAGGUGGACAAGGAUUCAGCGGAGAGCCGUGGUCUUGAGAGCCUCCACGCAAACUACAAGGACUCGUUCAGCAUGGCUGAAUUGCUGUUAAGUGCCCACAGAAUGAACUUGUGAGCCUGGUGAGAAGGACAUCAAGGUUCAUCCUUGAUAGAAGAUAAAAAAAUAAAUGUGUAAUUGCUGCUUUGUGUUCCAUAUUUCCGAGUGGUGGUGUUACGGGGCCAUCUUGGUGCAAAUAUGUUCUCCACAGGUUAAAAUUAAGAAUGCUGUAAGGCAAGCAAUGUGCAAUUAUUUCCCCCAUUUUAUAAUUUAUAUAACACUAACUGUAAGACACUGAACAAAUCCUGACCCCUCAUUACCUGGCGCACGUCCCAGAAUUUGUUUGGAUAGAUGUGGUCAUUAGUGAGGCGUUAAAAUGAGUGUUUUUCUUUUGUUGCGUAGUUGUAAACACGCUACCUUUAUGUUGGGUGUUUUUUUUUGUUUUUUUUGCUACCUUGUAUGAACGACGUGCAUGUUUCAGCCAUCAAAGGGAUGACGGAGAGCGCCGUUUACAGAGAGUGGAGAUAAGCGUACAUACAUUUUUGUAUGUUAAAAAUAGCUAUACUAUAAAUACUCAGGUUUGGCGCUGCUUGUAUUAUAUUUUGGAGAUGUAUGUGAAUUGCUAUAAGAAUCAGACGCGAGAGCCUGUGUCGUGCAUGGCUGUCGUACGAAGGCAAGGUUCCAACACCAUGCUAGGAAAUCCACCAAUCACCUGGCAUGAGGCUGUCUGAGGCUGUGCAGCUUGUUAUUAAUACAAUUUUUUGUGACCUCCAAUAUGAACUUAAGCUGGAUGCCAAAGGCUGUGCCUCAAAAAAAUGGAGAAAAAUAAAUAUCAAAUAAGGACAAGUAUAGUGCUAUGAAGUUUACAUAACCUUUGCUGUGAAGUGCAUUUAAAUUUUUUCCUGGCUUGACUCUGUAGCCUACUUGUACAAAGCUGUAAAUAAAUAAGAUAUGUUUGAAUAAUUAAUGUUGGAUAAGAGGUGACCAGGCCUGGUCUGUCAGUGUUUCAGUCUUUCAUCGGUCUGUUUCUUCCAUGGAUUUUUUUUUGUGUACAUGCAUUCAGUUUUUUCUUUGUGCAGCAAGCACCUUGUGAGGCAUUUUACUUUUAGACACAAGUUUAAGCAAGGCAAGUGCAAAGCUUCACAUCUAGAUUUUUUUGAUCCCUCUUCAUUUCAAUUAAAUUCUAACAAUAAAUCACAUGGUUUCCACUACUUCAA